GUGUGUGUGAGUCUGUUUGUGUGUGAUGAAAAAAGUGGGUGUCGCUGUGCAUGCUGGGCUCAGAGCUUCGUGAAUGUGAUGUGAGGAAGAGUUUUCGAAUUGCACACCGUAUGUUCAUUAUCGAACUGGUCUAAGGGGUGCUGUGGAGCGGUCUGUGCGAAAUGUGUGGUUGUCGCUGAACUGCAGCUCUGGAUUGACUAGGUCUAGCCAAUUUGAGAUCACAAUGAAAGGUGAUUGCUAGAUCGCUUGUUACGUUAUAUCUAAACCUUUACUUUAAAUCUCCGGUCCCUUGAAAGCGUUUCGUUUGCAUGGAGGCGGCGCAGAGCUUAGCGUUUUGGCACCCCUUAACUCUGUUAACUGGGCAAUGGUAACAUAUGAACCACACUGGAAGGAACAUGGUUGAGAGGACCAGCAAAUUUUUGUUGAUCGUUGUCGGAUCCGUCUGUUUCAUGCUGAUUUUGUACCAGUACGUGGCUCCUGGGGUGAUGAACUUCGGGUCUCCGCACGGGUACCUAGCAGAGGACGAUACGGAUAUCUUCCCAACGCCGGAUCCGCACUAUGUGAAAAAGUACUAUUUUCCUAUUAGGGACCUGGAGCGCUCGGUGGAUUUCGAAAUUAAGGGAGAAGACGUGAUAGUUUUUCUUCAUAUCCAGAAAACCGGGGGCACCACUUUCGGAAGGCAUUUGGUUCAAAAUGUGAGACUGGAGGUCCCUUGCGACUGCAGACCCGGACAGAAAAAGUGUACCUGUUACCGUCCGAACAGGAAAGAGACCUGGCUUUUUUCAAGGUUCUCAACCGGCUGGAGUUGUGGUUUGCACGCGGACUGGACCGAGCUCACAAACUGCGUGCCGGGGGUCCUCAACAAGAAAGAGAACAAAUUGAAAAAUAUGAGGAAGUUCUACUACAUCACGCUGCUGCGGGACCCCGUCUCCCGCUACCUGAGCGAGUGGCGGCACGUGCAGCGCGGGGCCACCUGGAAGACCUCGCUGCACAUGUGCGACGGGCGCACGCCCACGCCCGACGAGCUGCCCGCCUGCUACGAGGGCACGGACUGGUCGGGCUGCACCCUGCAGCAGUUCAUGGACUGCCCCUACAACCUGGCCAACAACCGGCAGGUGCGCAUGCUGGCCGACCUCAGCCUGGUGGGCUGCUACAACAUGUCCUUCGUGCCCGAGAAGAAGCGCGCCCAGCUCCUCCUGGAGUCGGCCAAGAAGAACCUGCGCGACAUGGCCUUCUUCGGCCUGACCGAGUUCCAGCGCAAGACCCAGUACCUGUUCGAGAGGACCUUCCGGCUGCGCUUCAUCCGCCCCUUCGUGCAGUACAACAGCACGCGGGCGGCCGGCGUGGACGUGGACAACGACACCAUCCUGCGCAUCGAGGAGCUCAACGAGCUGGACAUGCAGCUCUACGACUACGCCAAGGACCUCUUCCAGCAGCGCUACCAGUACAAGCGCCAGCUGGACCGGCGGGAGCAGAGGCUCCGCAGCCAGGCCCAGUUCCCCCUGUUCCGGGUCCGCCCCGAACUCGCCAGGGAGGAGGGGGGCGAGGAGGUGGCCCGCCUGCCCACCGAGGACUACAUGAACCACAUCAUCAACAGGUGGUAGCCGGCAGGGAGGCGGACGGACGUUACGGACAGACCGCGAGGGGGGACGGAGGAAGGGGAGGAGGAGGAGGAGGAGGCCGCGUCUCCGCUGCGGGGGAUCGUGACGUCGCGGGUCCGCCGACUUCCUCGACGUUCGCCGCCGCCCCCCGGCUCGUUCCGCGUCCCGUCAGCCGCUUCUCGAACGUCGUGCGUUUUGGAGGGGGGCGGCGCCUCGCUCGGCGGCCAAAGCGGGAACCCGCAAUCCCUCGAAGAGCCUCUCGAGGAGCGUGCUCUGAGAACCCCAACCCCCCCGCCCCCCCCGCCCUCCCCCAAAAAAACAGUGGGGUGGCAAAACCGUAGAGCUGCAGAAACAGCACAGAGCUAUUGCAAGGGUUAGGAUCCCCAGGGAAGUCAAGAAGUCAAAAGAAAUGGAACAGAUUGUCAGGAAAAGGGAAACAAAGGUAGAGGUGUUUGCUUAAAAAAUGCCAACCAUUGAACAGUGAGUUGGCAGUCCUCGUGUUAACAGGACAGUAACUGUGAGAAAGAGCUGCAAUCAACAGUACGAUCAAAAGAGCUGCCUAAAAAGCUAUCUGCGAGUUCAUAGCUUCUCGUCAUCGACGAAAAGAAGAUAUUGUUUUUGAAUAUCUCUUUUCUGUGGUUUAUGUGAUUUUAAAAUCAGUUUUAUGUGGUGUUCAGUAUGGACAGAUUAAUGGUGUAUUCAUGAACCACACUCAUUUCAGUGUCUUCAGCAUAUUUGGGGAUAUCUCACAGAAAUAAUACAAACAUUUUCUCAAUGGCAGGGCUGUAUUAUCAAACACUGGUAACUCAACUUCCCCUCUGUCUGUGUUUUUUUUCCCCCAAUGCUUGUUUUAAUAGUGAUGUUGCCAGCCCCAUUGGUGGCUGUGAAAUUUCAAGUGAUGUAUAGUAGGCAUACAGUACAGAUUCAUUUGAAUGCUGUAGCUUGAAGUCACAUGACCUCCAGUGGUAAAACUACCAUAAAGUGCAGACAUGGGCAGAAUGCUUUUAUUGUGUGACUUUGCUUUGCUUUUAGGCUGUGGGAACAGUUGUAUUUCUAGAACAGCAGUUCCCAUAUGACUUGCUUCACUCUCUGGAGAAUGAAUGGCAAUCAUCAAUCAUUUUAUCUCUUGGGGACCACUAUCCAUUAAUUUGGAAGGGGGUGGGGGGUGGGGUCUGCACUGGAUAAUUUUCUAUCCUAGAGUAAUUUAUUAUUUAUAACUGUUCCUCCAUCUCACCUUCAUUCAUGAAAUAUGUUACCCUGAUGACUGUGAGUAUGUGUGUAUGCGUGUGUAUGCGUGUGUGCGUGCGUGUGUGUUUGUGUGUGUGUGUGUGUCUGUCUGUCUGCCUGUCUGUGAAAUGCAACCUAUUGCCAUGUUCAGGAGCCACACUCAUACCAAGUAGUAGAAAGUGUGGAGUAAAGGCCAGUGCUAGCAGAGUUGGGAAAAUGGAGGCCCUUUACACAUUUGGCACUGGGGUGCAGUCUCCCCAGUUUCCUUGUGUCAAUUCAGGGGGGAACUCACCUUUGUGAAACUGCAGUAGAUGUGCUGGACUACAGACAUCCAUGUGGACACAGGCUGAAGCGAACACUUUGAUGAAAGUUAAUCUUGUGGGGAAGCACACUAAAAUUGCAACAUUUUGAGAAAAUUAUCUGAAAAAGGUAAUACUAAAAAAAGAAGACUGGAGCUGUUGUCAACGUACUUCAUAAUUUUCUCUGUUCAAGACCUUUUUCUGUUUUUUUUUCUUUUUUUGCUCCUGAAUUCAUUUGUCUUAAGAUGGCACCUGUUUUAAAUGUGUUAAUUGAAGAAGAAAAAUUUGUCAUUAUGACAUGAUGUAAUUAGCAAGGCUUUUUUUUCAUAGCCACAAAACUCUGAAUGAUGUAAGGAAAAUGCAGUCAGCUGGUAAAUUACUUUUUUAAUUAUUUUAGACGGAUUGUAAGCUGUCUCUGUUGGUGAAAUGAGUGCAAUUUAUCUAGCAAUUUUCACUGCUGGUUUUUAUUUGUGCAAACAAAGGUCCAGUUAUUUGCAAAACCCAAGAACAAACCAACAGAUUGUUUUAAUCCCCAGUAUUCUUUUCACCUGUCCAGCUUCAUCAGCAGCUGACCACACAGUCCUCCUGUGGCCUUAUGGGAAAUGUAGGCACUGGCACAAUCCCAGUUAUUUGACCACCUUUCAGAAAGGGGGCAUGGUCUUAUCUCUUCCUGUUGAGGUGGCGUUUAGCAGUGUACCCCAGCAGGAUGGGGUCCCAUUUGAAUCUUGUUUAGGCUCAGUGUGAGACAGAGUGGGAAUUGAUGCUGGUAUUGAAGAUGGCAGAAACAGGAACAAAAUGACCUUGGGUGAAAGGUGGGAAGUGUCCAUUGCGUCAGUUUGUGUGUGUCCAGCUCUAAACUGCAUAUUGCGUAAUUUUGUUAUUUAUGCAGAUUGGAUCAUCAAGCCACCAAUAAAGAGAUUUCAUUUUUAUAUAUAAAAAACUC